AUGGCCGCGACGUCCAACAAUAAAACAUCGACCACAUCGCCCACGGAUACUAAUCUUCAAUCGCCCACCCUCCCGAGCGACAACCCCUCGCCUGUCGGUCCCGGUCUGUUGGCUACCCAAGUUCCAGCACUACAAGCCGCCGUGUCCACCUCCACUCCCGCUUACACUCCCACCACCACCACCACCUCCACCUCCGCCUUCACCUCCGCGCCAUCACCGUCGCCAUCGUCCACCAUCGCCCACCGCCCACACCACUCCAGCAGCCCCUCCACCAUCUCGUUGCGCGCGGCUGGUUUUCUGGGCUUCUUUGACAGAACGCUCUCGGGCAAAUCCGAGCCCAGAGUCCGUUCGCGCCAAUCGCUCAGCCGUCUUUCGACUGGCCCCGAGGCUCUCGCCACUUUUGCUGCCGUCAGUGGCAUCCAGCCUGGCCAGUCGAGCCCCGAGAGACCUCCUCGCAGCAUCCGAUCGGCGUCGCAGUCGACCAGGAACCCCCCCUCUCAGCCUUACAGCGAAACCGACCCAAGCAGACCCGAACCGACUCUUGUCGGUCGAUUGGACAACAAAAUGCACCAAACAUCGUCGAGGUUACUCCGCAUGACGGAUGAUGAUAGGCCGUUUACUAAAGACUUCAAGGAUUUGUUUGCGACACUAAUUGUCAGCCUUCUGCCACUGUCGGCCCAUCGCGUACGACUGACCAAGAUUGAGCACACCUUUUUGUCUGAAGAUGCCAUCAACAAUCUCGGAUCGCUCAAAUUCUCCCAAUCCAACCGCAUGCCUGAUCCCAAGGACCCCUCCAGGAUUGUGACAACCACCACCACAACGACGUUCUCCAUGGCUAAGGACAUGGCCCGUUCGAUUUGCCAGAGGUUUCUGGAGGCGCGGUUUAUCGAGUCGGCGGACGGGAGGUAUCAGCAAGUAUACACAAUGAAGGGCUCGGUAUGGCAGCUCACGCCUAAGGGCAUCUCUAUUUUGGACCGCUUCUGCUCAAGGAACGGCAUUCAGCAAAAGCAGGUGGCCGAGCUCGUCGGUGCCUCGCUCCCACAGCUGGUAUCUCUGGAGCGCGAUGGGCAAACCGACAAGCUCCUCACAGACCGGGGAACUAUCGAGGUUAUCUUCAGAAGAUUCAUCGGCGCUAACGGCCCCAAUGUGAAGAGCAGCGUCAGCUCCGCCGACUCGGACUCGUUGAGCGACUACAAGGAUGGCCUUACUGGGGUCAAGAUGGCCGCGGAACGCAAGGUCGGAGGAAAGACGUUCAAGGAUACCUUUACCGGAAAGUCAAGCAACGGAUUGGUUGAUGGACUGCUCGACCACGGUCUGACCGCCGGGAAACUUAUUGGAGAUCGCUUCUCUUAUCCCGCUCACAACCUUUUUCAACCAACAAAGCAUGCCAUUUAUCAGGUUACGGCCAAGGGUAGGGAUCUCGUGAACGGGGCUCUGGCCAGGGGGCGGCCAUCAGAAAGCGACGGCCACAACACUAGAAGUGGUAUCGCCAAGGAUUCGAACACGCAACGUCUGGACAAGAUUCUCAACGACCCCGCGCUGCGGUUGCUGUUCCGCGAGAACCUCCGUGAGACGCACUGCGAGGAGAACCUGUCCUUUUAUAUCGACGUGGACGAGUUUGUGCGCCAGUGCAGGACGGCCAUCAAGUCGGUGCAAAGGACCCCUGCCAAUGUGUCAUCUCUGGAUGGGAUCAAGGAGAUUAUGGCCCAGGCUUAUGGCAUCUAUAACGCAUUCCUGGCUCCCGGUUCUCCCUGCGAGCUCAACAUUGACCACCAGCUGCGUAACAAUCUCGCCACCCGCAUGACCAAGGCAGUCGGGCAGGAUGUUGCCAUGAUUGAUACGCUCCACGAGGUCACCGCUCUGUUCGAGGAUGCUCAAAACGCCGUCUUCAAGCUGAUGGCUAGUGAUUCCGUCCCCAAGUUUUUGCGCAGCCCAAAGUACGAGCAGACAUUGAAGAACUACAACUUUGACACGAUCGGAGCCACCCACGGCCAGCCCCGUGUACCAGAACGGAGUCAAAGCAGGUCGAAUCGCAAGUGA